CCAAAGUCUCCUGCAGCGUGGCUUUUGUUUCGGUUUUCUUCUUUUCAUUGUACGAAUUCGCGUAGAUUCUCGGACGGUCAUUUUACGAAACUCUCUAACUCCAACGCAUCUCGUUUCUUUUGCCCUUACCUAAAUGUGUUUUGCUGUAUGCCCACUAAGAUGCAACCUUGUUCCUGACUUGGAGCGACCUAAUGCUCGGAACUGUCAAUGCAGGCAAUGGAAGUUGCACAACAAAAACAGAGGGCGGGCUGGGGUAUCAGAUCAGUCGCACAGAUUCGCCACAAACACCCCCGCGGGGAUGGAUACCGCUUACGGUAGGGCUACCUGUCUGCAUCUAGAUCCUGUGCUCUCACCGGUUUGUGCUGUGGUGGUAGUCGUCUUGAUUAAUUCCCCAGAACGUCCCGUCUUAUUCGUUUCCGGUGUGGAGUGUGGUGGGGAUUUCAGAAACCACUCGGGGCAGAGUGUUGGGAUUCACCCAGCUUUCAUGUUCGUAUGUAUGUACCUCGAGCCCUGGAAGGUUCCUUCAAGUCCCUGCCUAGGGUACCAGGUUCAGAUGACAUCCAUGGAGGAUGCGAUGAAAGAAGAACCUGUGCACAGCUUCCAGGUUCGGUUAUUGCAAGUACGAAUGUGGAUAUGGGCAUAUUUGGGAAGGUCCCGCUCCUCCUUCCAGGUCCUCCUCCCAGGUUCUGGUUCCCUCCGUCCGCCCCUUCCUUCCGCCAAACCCCACCAUCUACAGGUACCUCCCUACCUAUCGCAACGCCAAAACGGAGAUGGAAGGAACGGGCACUAAAAGGCUUCCAGGCAGGUACCGUACCACGCACGCUCGUUCCCGCCCUGCUUGGCUUCGAAUCCACUCCGGC